AGGGCCGUAACGACAGGAAGUCGGUGUUCAGAACUCUGUUCACAACAAUAAAAGCUUGUCAGGUUGGUUCUUAAGAAAACCUGUCACAGUAAAAGUCUCUAAGAUCGGUUCCUUCACAAUAAAAGCCUGCCACAGGUUAGAAGUUCUAAAGCAGUAUGUGGGUGGUUCUGUUUGACCUUUGACCUGAGGAGAACCUUGGUUGUAGUUUUGGCCCGUCUCAGAGAAACGUCUUAUUGGAUCAGAGUUUUUCUGCAGCUCCAGAUCUGCACUCUGAUUGGCCGAUUUGGAUUGAAUAGAUGACCCGGUUCACCACCAGAACCGCCAAUCAGAUCUGGAUCUUUCUGGGUUCUGUGGAGAAACUUUGUGUCUCAGUGAAAGCUACUUCCUGUUCCUGUCUGGAAACGCAGCACGUUUCACAAUGAGGCAGAGAGGAGGCUUUUAUUAUGAAACACAAAGAGGAACCCUCUUUCGCUUCAGUGACAGGUUUCCAUCUGCAGCUCAACCUGUAAGCUCUGUUUCACCUACAGACCCAGGUCCAAACGGUCGGCCCCAGUCCACCUGAUCCAGCCUCAGAACCUCACCAGACCCAACCUUCGUGGCUCAGAACCAGAACCAACCAGGACUGCAGCAGAAUGUUCUCACCGGAUCCGGCUGAGCUGCAGCAGAGACCAGAACAUGUGCUGGUUCUGAACGUCCGGUCUUGACGUUCUGGACCGGACGUUUCGAUCUGGAAUCCAACCAGAACACAAAAUCUGAACCGACAGGCUUUUGGACCCUGCAGCUCCUCCUGCUGAUUGGUUAAUGAAGCUGCAGCUGACGCCCCGCCCCACCUGUCUGCAGCGACCAGGUGAGCCUGGACCAAUCAGAGAGCGGCUCUGCCCUGCUAUGCAGUCGGACCUGCUGGGCGAGUCAGACAGGAGAGAGAGAGAAGGAGGAACACACACACACACACACACACACACACACACACACACACCGGCGGCCGGUCAUACAUGCAGAGCAGACACCCCGUGACAUCACUGUGACAUCAUGAACUCCCCUGCUGGGCAGAUGGACGGGACCACCAAGGACAGUGCGGCUGAGGAAACCCUGCGGCCCGGCAGCAACCAGGACCUGGAGCUGAGGGACGAGUGGCUGGACGACGGCUUCCCCAGGCCACUCCCGGAGGAUGCUGAGGGUCCAGCAGGAGGCGCUGCUGAUUCAGCCCCGCCCACCAGCCAGACUCAGUCGGGCGGGGCCAGGGCCAGGAAGCGGCUGACGGCGCCCGCCCUCAGCGACCCGAGCAGCGACAGCUUCUCGGCGGCGGCAUUAUCCGGGACGCCGGACGACUCGCCGUCGCUGGACAUCAACCUGGAGGCGCUGGAGACGCCGUCCGGCAGCGAGUCAGGGACGCUGCCGGACGGCGUGCACGACUUGGAGUGGGAAGACGACCUGCCUCAGAUGGGGAGGGGCCGGUCCGUGGGCGUGGCGGAGCCCAGUGAGGGUCUGAUGGAGCUGGACCAGGUGGAACAUGGCCGCCGGUGGAGGCGGUUCAUAUCUGGACAAGAGUACCAGGUCAACAUGAGCGUCCUGGAGCCUUACCUGCAGGUCUUGUCACAUGGAGGUUACUAUGGAGACGGGAUGAACGCCAUAAUUCUGUUCACUUCCUGUUACCUGCCAGAGAACACAGUGGAGGACUAUGAGUAUGUUAUGGAGAACCUGUUCAGGUACAUCGUGGGAACACUGGACCUGAUGGUUUCAGAGAACUACCUGCUGGUCUACCUGUGCGCCAUGGCUCCCAGGAACAAGCUGCCAGCCGUCAAGUGGCUCCAUCAGUGCUACACUUCCAUUGACAGGAGGUUGAAGAAGGACCUGAAGGGCCUCCUGGUGGUGCAUCCGGCCUGGUACAUCAAGGCUCUGAUCACACUGGUCAAGCCCUUCAUCAGUGACAAAUUUAGCAGGAAGAUUCGAUUCAUUCAGAACCUGGAGCAGCUGUCGCAGUUCGUCCCCACAGACAGGCUGCAAAUCCCAGAGGCAAUCCGACAGUACGAUGAGAAGCUGAGAAGAUGACAACCUCAGAUGACCUCUGAAGGAUCAGACCGGAUGAAUGUGGAGGCUGAAGCUGUCAGCUUGCUGACCUUUGACCUGCUGGAUGUACAGACGUACAGUCUGGUUUAUUGUGCUGCUUUGUUUAUGUUGGGAGUUUUUAAGGAACUCUUCCUGGGUCGGUUUUCCGGCACUCUUCAUGGACUCACAUUCAGGACUGGUCUUCAUCAGCAGCUCCUCCUCUUCCUCCUUCACUGCCUUCUCUCUACUUAACAUCAACUCGUUGUUUCAUGGCAACGUUGGCCUCAGGACCACCAUGAACUGUAGCAGCGCCAACAUGAGGAAUCUGGUUGAUGUGGUUGGUUGUGGUCUGGGUCUAUAUCGGGUUUCAUGUAGCAGGGGGCGGGGCGUUUGUGUAGGAGGUUCCUGAUUGGUUAUUCACCUGCUGCAGUAAUAAAAUAUUUACAAGAUGAA